GACAAUGAUCCCAGGAUACACUACUACAGAGGACAUACUAGAUACACUAUGUUCCCGUACUGCGGCCUGUUAUUCCGUCACCAGGGCUGGCCUCUGUGUCUCCACGACAAGGUGAUCAUCCAUCUCUCUCCUCUGGACCCACGUGUCCUCCGCCCCGGGGACUUCUACCUGCAGGUGGCAGCGCCCUCUGUCUCCCCCAGCUCCUCCUCCACCAACACCCCCAGCCCACCCUGUCUCAUCCUGCGCUGUCUAGCCUCCAGUGGGCAGCAUGUAGAGGAGGUAAAGUUACCAGAGCUAGCCUACACCUCCCUGUUCACCAUGGCCUGGCUCCACUCAGGUAAACUGCUCUGAUUGGACACUGUAACUGCCCUCUGCU